AUGUCAUCAAUUAUCUCUCUAAAACUUAAUAAUGGGGAGAUAACUAAACAAGAAACAUAUACAGUUACAUCAGUUCUCGAUAUAUUAGAAAAGACAGAUAUGAAUUCUCAGGAAUCAAUAGAUAAUACAAUUAAUGUUGUUAAAUCUUACUCCCUUUUUAACAAUGUAUAUAAAACAAACAUAUGUAACUCGAUAUUAGAGACAAUAUAUUCAAAAAUAUCCUCACCUGCACUUACAAAUAUUCAAUUCGGAUUAAUAUUAUUAGAAUCUUUCACAGUCACUGACGCAGUUACACUAAAUGACGAAAUAGUAGAUGAUCUAAUACAACAUACAGCACCGUUGAUCCAGAAAAAUGACUUAAUGAUACUUACUUGCGUUUUUUCAAUAUAUAACAAAAUAGCAAGCAACGACAAUUAUACGAGAGCAAUAGUACAGAUAAUUGAUAUACCUUCGUUAAUUUCAACCAUUAUGAAUAAUUCAGAUAUUCAAUAUAUUACAGUAGCUAUUAAUCUAUUGUCUACAUACUGCAAAUUUUUAGGGCGAGAAUUCAAUCAAGAAGAACUUAUUCCAGUGUUUGACUGUGCCUCUCAUUUAUUAUCAGUAAUAAUUCCUGAUCCGAAUUUAUCAGAGCCUGUUUUUGAUGAAAACUACAAGCCAAUCUUAGAAAGCAUACUUUUUCUCCUAGUUAAAGCUGGAACAAACGCCGUUUGGGAUACACUUUGGAAUAAAUAUAAUCUCCUUCCAUACAUGAACAAUUGCUUCCUGUAUAUCCACCAUACCACAAUUAAAAUGCUAGGAUUAAAGCUUUUCAAUCGCUUACUAGAAAACAGCAUCCUUAUUGGAACAUUAAAUUAUGAGAAAGUGGUUUCUCUCAUAAAACACAAAUCAUUUGCUAUCCAGACUGAAGCACUCAAGUGUAUAGGAUUGAUUGAUGAGAGAAAAUUUGUAAAAUUACUUAAUGAAACUGAUUUGCUUCAACAAUUUCAUGAUAUUUUAAUUGAUGGAAGGGUGAAGGCAAAAUUAAUUGUUAUAGAUAUAAUAGAAAGGAGGAAAGACGCAUUUAAUUUUCUUUACUUCUAUGAAGAUACAAUGAUUGAAACGUUGUUAUCUAAUUUAGCUGAAUCAUCCUCCAAGACACAAAGACAGAUAUGUUUAAUCCUCACAAUGAUACAAAGGAAGAUGAAUGAUGAAGGAAGGGCAGAUGAAAUGCGAUCUACUCUGGUAAGCUUGGGUGCAGAAGAUAUUCUUAAUGAAAUAUCCCUAGAUAAUAACCUUGUAGCCGACUCUGCUACCGAGCUACUUAAUUUUAUUAUUUGUGAAUAA